GCGGAGCAUCUCCAGCUCUCCGUGCUUUUACGCACCGAAAGUCCGCACGGAUCUUAACGCAGACUCGGCAGCGGCGUUUAACGCAACUACCUAAGGAGGUUUCUGUUUUAUUCGCUGGGAUUGAAAAUAUUUCGGUGGAACUCGCGCUCCUCUUUGGAUCUGUGACUUACUGCAGUUGGGGAUCUGCUUUUACGCACUUUAAGUUGGCUCUUCGUCUCAGCUCGCUCCUCGUUUGCAGAACUCCCCAGUGUGUUUGCGGAGAACAGGGGGCUGACAAAAGGCAUUGAAACGGAGGAGAUAAAUGUAGCAGAGGGGUGCAGACACACAGCCAGGGUGAGAGCGGGGUGUUUUCGUGGCAAAGCCGUGGCGUUGGAGUUUGUGUGAUAAAUUCUGCGAUGAGGAAGACGCAUUCUAAAACUUGCUCCACCACAACCAGCACCGAGGUCGGGGCUAUGGUUUCAGCCCUCAGCCGCUGCUUGUAAGAAGGAAGAUCUGUGUGCACUGUAAGUGUCGUCGUGAGGAGCAUGCAGUGCCAGCCAUGCCUGUAGAGAUGGAGAAGACGGUCACCAAGCUGAUGUACGACUUCCAGAGGAACUCUACCUCAGAUGACGACUCUGGCUGUGCCCUGGAGGAGUACGCCUGGGUACCACCAGGACUCAAACCUGAACAGGUUCAUCAGUAUUACAGCUCCCUGCCUGAGGACAAGGUGCCCUAUGUGAACAGCCCAGGAGAGAAAUACCGCAUCAAACAGCUGCUCCAUCAGCUCCCGCCCCACGACAAUGAGGUCCGCUACUGUAACAGUCUGGAUGACGAGGAGAAGCGAGAGCUGAAGCUCUUCAGUAACCAACGUAAACGGGAGAACCUGGGCCGCGGCAACGUCCGUCCGUUCCCCGUGACGAUGACCGGGGCAAUUUGCGAGCAGUGCGGCGGCCAGAUAAAUGGCGGCGAUAUUGCUGUGUUUGCAUCACGGGCGGGUCACGGUGUGUGUUGGCACCCCGCCUGCUUUGUGUGCAGCAUGUGCAGCGAGCUCCUGGUGGAUCUCAUCUACUUCCACCAGGACGGGAAGAUCUACUGUGGCCGACACCACGCCGAGAGGCUGAAACCACGAUGCACUGCCUGUGAUGAGAUCAUCUUUGCGGAUGAGUGCACCGAGGCAGAAGGACGUCACUGGCACAUGAAGCACUUCUGCUGCUUCGAGUGUGAGACGGUGCUGGGGGGCCAGCGCUAUAUCAUGAAGGAGGGACGGCCAUACUGCUGCUCCUGCUUCGAGUCCCUCUACGCAGAGUACUGUGACUCCUGUGGGGAACAUAUUGGCAUUGAUCAAGGCCAGAUGACAUAUGAUGGGCAGCACUGGCACGCCACUGAGGGCUGCUUCUGCUGCGCCCGCUGUAAACGCUCUCUGCUGGGUCGGCCCUUCCUGCCCAAGCAGGGCCAGAUCUUUUGCUCACGCUCCUGCAGUCUGGGGGAGGAGCCUAAUGGCUCUGACUCGUCUGAUUCGGCCUUCCAAAGCGCCCGCUCCACCAGGGAGUCCAGACGCAGUUCCAAGACCGGGAAGAGUGGAGGAGGAGGAGGAGGAGGAGGAGGAGGAGGGGGUGGAGUGCAGGCGGAGAGAUUUUCCGGCGAGGUGGACCCACUGUCUUUACAAAUGGAUCUUCUGAGUCUCUCCAGUCAAACGCCUAGUUUGACUCGCGAGCCACCGGCCUGGCAGAGCCAGGAGCAAGCAGGUGACAGUUAUAAUUAUGAAUCCCAUUCAGACCCAACCGCCAACCCCACCCCUCUCCAGCUUCUCAGCCAGUGCAACGUCAGGACUGCCUAUAACCCCGCCUGCUCUGGACAGAACAAUCAGCAGCAGGAUCACAGGAUCAAGGAGAACGCAGGUUUAAAGAGACCCCCCAUCUCGGCCAUGAAGGGCCACUCUCUGAAUGAGACGUGGUUCCAGCAGCAAGCUCCAGAGGAGUACUAUCCACCCAAGCUGAGGACCCAAAAGAGCUUCACUGAGAUGUCCCAUUGCUCUCAGCACCACAACGGCUUCUCCUCUGACAAGCGCUCCAUCAGUUUGCAUGGCUUUCAGAGGGACAGGGACAGAGAUGCAGGGCCUCCAGCAGCAACCCAGGUGGCGAGAAGCAGGAACCCCAUCAAUGCACUUAACUUCCCAGAGCAACUGACCCCUCUAGAGCAGACCCCAAGAGGAUCCAUGGAGUCCCUGGCCAUGUCCAAUGGUACAGGAAACUCAGCAGAUGGAGGAGGAAAGCGUCAGGAGCACCUUUCUCGUUUCUCCAUGCCCGACCUGAGCAAAGACUCUGGAAUGAACGUGUCAGAGAAAAGCAACAUGGGCACCCUCAACUCCUCAGUGCAGUUUCGUAGCUCUGAGUCCAUUCACAGCCUCACCGCCAGUCAGCCCUACAUGGAAAUGGAUCCCCCCAGGCCCUCCCAGUACAAGGUGCAAUACUGUGACCCUCCUGGCAUGGGUGGGGGUAUGGGCAUGACUCAUUUACCACCCGGCUUCACCUUCCAGGAGGAGGACAGGGUGAGUUUGGUGAGCAGUGCCAAUGCUGCCCGCCUGCCACCCAUCAGUGAGCGCAGGGUGGGUGGAGGAGGAGGUGGUAGGGGAGCAAGUGUCCGUAUAGAUGCCCAAGAGGAGACUCCCCAGAGGCGCCGGCACCACCACCACCACCGCUCCCGGAGAUCCCGUCGUUCUCGCUCAGAAAACGCUCUCCACUUGGUGGCAGAGCGAAGGGCGAGACCUCAAGAAAGACCACAGUUACGUGUCCGAGAGGAUUAUGACCGGUUCCCGCCACCAAGGAGCACCAGGGACCAGUUUGGGGUAGGAGGAGGAGGGGGAAGAUACCAGCCCCAACUCUUCAGGCAGUGCCCCAGGACCACUUCAGACCUGACGCUGCAGAACCCCGGGGCCAGCCGACGCACUGGCUUGAACCAAUACUCCUGGGAUGAUUAUGACGACGAUGAUUGGUGCUCCACCUGCUCUUCAUCCUCCGAAUCAGAGGAUGAAGGUUACUUUCUGGGUGAGCCGAUCCCCAGACCCAUCCAGCUGCGCUACCUCAGCAACCAGGAGCUUGUCCAUAAGUACAACACAGGGAUGGGAGGACCCAACCGCAGUGGGCAGUUACACACCCACAAACGCAGAAAAAGCAAGAACUGCAUCAUCUCCUAAUAUCCUGACGUUUGGCACAGUAAAUGAUUCUCUCUCCACCUUGUGUACGCUAACAUUCUCCAUCUGGAACAAAAAAACAAAACUCACAGUCCAUUUAUUCAGUGUCGUUGAGUGUUGAAUAUUAUGUAAUUGGAAGUCAGUGAUGAAUUACAGUUGGUAAACAGUGAAAAAGCAACAGUGUUUGCAUGUUUGUUCAUUUUAAUGUUUCAGAAUAUCUCCUGAGUAUUAAGGCUGUUACACUUACAAGCGCAGUUCUAUCAAGUCACAACGUUUAUCAAAAGCUGAUGUGCAAUUUUUUUUUUAUCAUAACUUCAUUUCCAUGCAGCAAACAAGUGUGCAAGGUAGUUGGUUUGGUACAGUUUAGCUUUUUCAUGCAAUGUGAUUUAGAUAUAGGAUAUACUGUACUAUUGUAUUCAGUUCAUAGUAUGUACAUAGAUAAAUGAAUUAAUAAUUUCACUUUAAGUUAAGGAAGUCCAUGUAAAUAUGGUUGUAAAUGAGGCCUCACAUAUUUUUAUAUUUUGUAUGGAUAGAAUCAUUUAUGUAUUAAAUAUCUAUAAUGUAGACAUAGAAAAUUACAAAAACAACAUAUGCAUGUUUUAUUUGGCUGACCUCGUCCUGCAUUUGGAAUAAAGGAGUAUUUCAGUGA